AUCAGGCAAAAUAAGACUGAAUGUUCUCUAGGGCUGGGUUCAUUCUGUCCUGCUCCACUUGGGGAAGGUGAGUCUGCUCCGCCCGCGGCGGAGAGGCGAUGCCCCGGCUGCGGAAUGCGGUGACCGACCUUGAUCUGGUUCCUGACGGGGUUCCUGAUCUACUUCAGGAGACCCGGCGCUCCGGGACCCCAUAGGCAGGUGGAUCCCCGCCCCCUUCCCGGUGUGUCCCGGGCAGCAUCGACUCUAGAGGAGGGCAGAGGACAGAGGGGAGCCUGCGAUUCCACUGGGGCGGCUUGGCGACUGUCUCCUCCCGGACACGGAGCCUGAACUCAGGCUGGGGUCUUCAGGCUUGGCUCAUUCUCUCCCCUUCCUGCCUGCCGUUCCCAGAUGGACCUGCGACUACUGCUCAAUCAGCGGGAGUUUGGGGGUUCCAGAGAGCUCUCCUGACCCAGGCUGUCUCAGGCGCGCGCUGGGCGGGUCCAUAGCCUGCUCUGGCUGCGGUGAGAUCGCUCUAAGUGGCAGAAAGAUCUGCUACUAAGUCUGCCCCUUGUCACCCAGCCUCCCCCACCGGUCCCCUCCUCAGGCCAGUCUGGGUUUCUGGACUUCUGAAGUCUUCUUUUCCCCCUGUAGCCCAAAAUGUGGAUGCGGUCCUGGUCCUUGCUGCUGUGCGGGGUGUCGUUCGCGCUUCCACUUUUUGUGAUAGCAGGCACGUGUGAGGAUACUGACAUGCACCACGAGAUCAUUUCAGAGGGCCGGCCUUUUGCUUUGAAUUGCACAUACCCUCCAGUAACAAACGAGGCAGUCAAUCUGACAUGGCACAGAACCUCACCCACCCGAAGCUCAGUAUCCAACAACAGACAGCUUAGAAAUCACCAGGACCACACGUGGAUUUUGUUUCUUCCUUUGGAAGAGGGGGACUCGGGCAUCUACCAGUGUGUUAUAAGGAAUGCACACAGCUGUUACCGAAUAACUGUAAACCUGACGGUUGUUAGAAAACAUUGGUGCAAUUCUUCCACGGAGGGCCCCAUAAAUUUGUCUUUGUCCGAUGAGUAUCAACAAAGUUUACCCAUGGGAAAAUCGGCCAGUCUCGCGUGUCAUCUCGACUUCCCGGACAGUUGUGUCCUGGAUUCAAUAAAGUGGUAUAAGGGUUGUGAAGAACUUAAAGCAGGGAAGAAGUAUGCUGUUUCAGGAACAAAGCUUCUUGUGAACAAUGUUGCUGCAGAGGACGGUGGGAGCUAUGCGUGCACGGCCAGACUCACAUACUUGGGGAGACAGUUCAUGGUUAGAAACUACAUUGCUGUGAGCAUCAAGGAAGUUGUGUCUGGAGGAAGGAUUCCUAAUAUCACGUAUCCAAAAAACAACUCCAUCGAAGUUCAACUCGGCUCCACCCUUAUUGUGGACUGCAAUAUAACGGACACCAAGGAGAAUACAAACCUGCGUUGCUGGAGAAUCAACGGAACCCUGGUGGAUGACUACUACAACGAUUCCAAGCGCAUCCGGGAAGGAAUUGAAACCAAUGUUUCCUUCAAAGAUCACAUUUUUUACACCGUGAACAUCACAUUCUUAGAAGUGAAGAUGGAAGACUAUGGCCUUCCUUUCAUGUGCCAUGCUGGAGUGUCUACAGCCUACAUCAUGUUGAAGCUCCCAGCUCCAGACUUCCGGGCUUACCUCGUAGGAGGGCUUAUGGCGUUCCUGCUUUUGGUUGUAUCUAUCCUGUGCAUCUACAACAGUUUUAAGAUUGACAUUAAGCUUUGGUAUAGAAGUGCCUUCCACAAUGCCCAGGCUCCAGAUGAUGAGAAGAUGUAUGAUGCCUAUGUCUUAUACCCCAAGUGCCCAAGAGAAAGCCAGGGCCAUGAUAUGGACACGAUGGUGUGGAAGACCCUGCCUGAGGUGCUGGAGAAGCAGUGUGGAUAUAAGUUGUUUAUUUUUGGCAGGGAUGAAUUCCCUGGACAAGCGGUGGCCAACGUCAUUGAUGAAAACAUUAAGCUGUGUAGGAGACUGAUUGUCCUGGUGGUACCAGAGUCACCCAGCUUUGGCUUUCUCAAGCACAUGUCAGAAGAACAGAUCGCUGUCUACAACGCCCUCAUCCAGGAUGGCAUGAAGGUCAUUCUGAUUGAGCUGGAGAAAAUCAAGGACUAUAGAGGCAUGCCCGAGUCCAUUCAGUACAUCCGCCAGAAGCACGGGGCCAUCCGGUGGGAUGGGGACUUUACAGAGAAGUCGCAGUGUGCCAAGACCAAGUUCUGGAAGAAAGUAAGAUACCAUAUGCCACCUAGAAGGUAUCCGCCAUCUUCCUCAGUCCAGCUGCUGAGGCACACGCCCUGCAACUGCACAUCAGGCAAAUGGGAUGCUGACACAGCACAUUAAGCAAAUGGAAUGCUGCCAUAGGGCCCAAAACUUCCUGGCAAGAGCUGUUGGUGUUUGGUGGCUCACAGGUACAUCGUCUUUGGGUUGUCUACCCCUGCAGCUUGUUGCUCUUUUAUUCUGGGUGACCUUGUUCUUGUCCUUGUUGAUUUUGGUUUCGUUUUGGAUGCUUUUAAUGAGACCAGAUUCUUUAGUA